AUGCGCACUCUCCAGCUGCCACUCAGGGCUGGCCCUGCUGCCCUGCUCCUGAUCCUAUGCCUGCAACUGGGACUCAACAAAGCUCUGGAAAACCCACCUAGACGGAAGGUGUUGCAUUUUCAUUUGGAUAUGCCACGGACAGCAAGGCCAAAUGAAGAAGUCAGUGUGAAACUUGAACUUCGAACAGAACUGAGAGAAUGCAUGGUGGUUAGAGCUCAACUCAGAAGCAAUGUCCGAAUGAAGGGUCACUUCAACCAAAAAUUCACCGGCUGUCUCUGUGAAGAUAAUCCAUUUACCUUCUUCUGGGACUUUUACAGUAAAA